AUGGAUUGGAAUAGUAAUCAAUCAUAUAAUCAAAAUAUGCAAGGUAUGCAAAAUAGCGGUAUGCCCAAUAUGCAAGGUAUGCAAGGAAUGCAAGGUAUGGGAGGUAUGUCCAACAUGGGAGGUAUGCAAGGAAUGCCAAACAUGCCCAACAUGGGUGGAAACAUGCAAAUGAUGGGUGGUGGUAAUCAACCGAAUCAGCCACCACAACAAAGAGGAAAUCCAUCGGGUUUUUCAAAUCAACCACCAAAUUCACAAUCUGGUAAUAUGUUUGGUUCAAACAGUUUUCAAAAUUAUCAAGGACAAUAUUCUGGUAAUCAAAGUUCACAAUUUCCUUCACAAAAUCAAUCACAAAAUCAAUUCCAACAACAACAACAACAACAACAACAACAACCACCACCACCAAUGUCUGGAGGUUCCGGUGGUUCCGGACAGAAUCAGUAUCAACAGCAAUUCGGUAAUCGUAUGGGAGGUGGCAACCAGGGAAUGGGUGGCCAAAUGGGUGGUAUGUCUGGCCAGAUGGGCGGAAAUAUGGGCGUGAAUCCAGUGAUGAUGGGUGGCUCUAAUAUGGGUGGCCAAAUGGGUGGUAUGUCCAAUCAAAUGGGUGGUCCAAACAAACCAAUGUCCUCCAACCAGAUGCCCGUUGGACAGAUGGGUAAUAUAUCUCCAAUCGGUAUGGGCCAAAUGGGUAAUGCAAUGGUCGGACAAAUCGGUAAUCCAAUGGGUAGCAACCAGAUGGGUGGAGGCGGUGGCGGUUCCAGUCACCAGAUGGGUGGCGGCGGUGGCGGCAACCAGAUGGGUGGUAUGCAAGGCCAGAUGAGUAACAUGGGUAACCAAAUGGGUGGUAUGUCCAACCAAAUGAAUAGUAUGAUGGGCGGAUCCAACAUGUCAAACAGCAACAUGAGAAAUGACAAUGAUUAUUCGCGUGGUGGUUCGAGCGGUGGUAGCGGCGGAGGCAGCAGCAACUAUCGAAACGAUAACUACAGAUCAGGCGGAUCGUCCUCCGGUGGAAGCAACUGGAAGCAAAACACACGUACCUCGAGCAGUUCCAACAAACACGACAACAAAUACGACAACAAUAAAUCUUACAAGAAGGACAGAGACGGCUACGGAAGCGGUGGCUACAAAGACCGUGAUGGUGGCUAUGGCAGUGGUGGCGGUAGUAGCAACUACAAAAAUUAUUCCAAGAACAAAGACAGCGGUGGAUAUAAACGAGAUGACUCGUCUUCCUCCUCGCAUUCCUCCUACAAGAAGAAAGAUUCCUCCACAUCGUCGUCCAACUAUGAAUCAUCAUCGUCGACCUCUGCAACUUCCGCAGCCACACCAUUGGACCGCGACAAGAAGUAUAUGGUUAGAAUCCCCUCACACUCUUACACUCAGGUAGAUUAUGAUUACAUGCAACUCAAAAAGCUAUUCUCUCGAUUGUACAUCUCGCCAGACUUUUCACGUUUGGUAGCGACAUGGGUAGAGAUCACCAAAGACACCAAGUUGAACCUCGUCCAACCAACUCCAUUCGUAUUGGAUUCCAAAGAUUUCAACAUCGAGAAGAUCAGAGUAGAAGAAACAUCGAUCGGUAACAAAGAGCAGAAUCUCAAAGACAACAUCAAGUACAAUGCCAAAGUCAUGAUGUUCCAACAAGUGACACCUGUCAACCAAACCGCACCACUCCACAUUAACAAACGACUAAAAUUCUUGGUUGCCAAAGAAAACAAAGAUAUCUCUUGUAUCGGUGGUAGUUGGAAUCCAACUUUAGAUGGUAAUGAUAUUAAUGAUCCACAAACUUUAAUCAAUACAGCAAUUCGUACAACAAAAGAAUAUACUCAAAUAGAUCUUAGUAGAUGUAAUAGAUGGGUAAAGUUUAUGGAGAUUCAUUAUUAUAGACCACCAACUGAAGCUAUGGCACAAUUCCAAGAGAUCACUGUUAUAUUUGUACCGGAUUUGACAAAUAUCACUCCAUUUGAUGGUAAGGAGCAUAUGAAAAAUAAGGUUACUACAGCAUCGCCAACUGAGAAAUCAACUGAAUCCAACAAUGAGCAUCAUGAGGAGACCGAUGAUGGAGAGGAGAACCACCCACCUGCAGGAAACGACACCGGAGACUCUGAGAAACCAGCAGCGUCCGAUGAGAUCGUUGGCGAAGUCACAGGAGAACCAAAAGAUAAGGAUGAAAUGGAGAUGGCUCCAUCAUCGUCGGUGAGUGCAUCGUCGAACGACCAAGAAUCACACCACCACAAUCAAACAUCGGGAGGCAUACAAUCGCCAAAUAGCAGCUCGUCACAGUCUGUCAGUGCAUCGACAGCCACUGCCAUUAGUACCGCCGCCAACGGUAGUGACGAUUCACAUAGCUGCUUCUCAGUGACUACACCCAAGUCUGAGAAUAUGAAAUACCGUUCUAUGAUGUUGUCGCUCGACGGUCUGCUCGAGUACGACGAAUCCGACAAGUUUGAGGGAACUUUCGAAGCAUCGCUAUUCGGUGAAUUGUUCUAUCUGAUGCUCUGUAGAGAUUUCGGUAGUUUGAUAUUACAGUCGAUUUUAUAUUUCAAUCCGGUCGUUAGUGAUUCUCCAACUGCUGCUGCUGCUGCUGCCGCUUCCACUACCGAGGCUAGUGGCGACUCUGCCACAGCCGAUGCCUUGGGUAAGAGAAAACGUGAUGACAACAAUACCAAUGAUACAUCGUCGUCAUCCACUGAGGAGCAACAUCAACACACAACCGGUUCAGUGUUGUCACCGUCCAGUGCCGACAAAAAGAUUGCCAAAACUUCUGAGGAGCAAAAGGAUAUCUCUGGUGGACAAUCCAACAACGGUGAGCAGACAACCACCUCUGAGAGCGGAGUAAACGGACAUUCACCGGUCAAUACCUCGACAGACAACAACAACAACAACAACAACGAUGAUUUGGAGGAAGGUGAGACUAAAAAAGAUGAGCAAUCGACAGUCAACCAACUAAAGUUUGGUGAUGCCUUUGAAUUCUACGACCAAAACUCCUCGACCUACUUGAAGAGCGAAGAUGUCGAACUAAUUAUCCAUAACCUAGGAUUGUAUUGCUCAAAGUCUUACGUAAUGAAAUUAGUUCAAAAGGUGACCACUGAGUAUUCAGCCAACAAGGGUCGUGUCUACUACAAUCGACUAAUACAUAGCAAACCAAAAGAUAGCAAUGAUUCAUAG